UCUAGUUUACCUCCGGCGACAGUGCCAACUAGACGCGCUUAUAAAUCACUUGCCCAGCGCCACUUCUGGCUUUAGUUCUGAUAACCCGAGCAAAGCAAUCGCCUUCGUCGGCUUGUUUUUGUCUUCGUCUUCGUCCCUAUAUUUGUCGUGUGCGCCUACUUUGUUUUUCGGGAUCUUCUCAGUUUCCAUUAUCGUCACCAUCGUCGUGCAUCGGUUGGUUGCUUUGUUUUGGGGUGGCGUGGCGUGGCGCUCAGUAAACGACAAACAGCUGUUCUUCCAAGACAGAGAAUUUCUUCUCCCUCCUCCAUCGAGACAGUCAGUCAGUCAAGGUUGAGAGGAGUCAAGUGCAUUCCGUGCGACCCGCGCAGUUCGCUUGUUGGCUUUUGUAAGGUCAAGGUUUUUCCCACGACGAGGGCCGACGGUCGAUACGAUUUAACACAUCGCGUGGAAAAUUCGUGGACUGCAGUACGAUUUUGUUGUGCGAGGAAUUUCAAGUGCGAAAAAGUGAAAGGUUGGGAAUUUUCCGGCGAAACGCAUCGUGACGUUGUGAGGGUUGCAUAACUUCCGGAUCCGCGCGCCCGUUCAACCGGAGAGGUCAUGGAACAGGUUUGACCAAUCGCCGCAAUGUAAAAUCAAAAUUCGAGCCAAGGCCACAGUGCGCGCGUAUCAAUAUACCUACUAAAAUGGAACCACUCAAAUACUCGUAAAGAAUCAUCGUCGUCGCCAGAACAAACAACUGAGCCGGGUGAUAAACGUGUGUGCACCCCCCGCCCUGUGCGACAAUAAAUACCGCAGCGCAGAUAAGGAGAGCAAAUCAAAUCACGACGCAACGAUGCCUUCGCCAUCGUUGGAAAACCAUCAAAACAAAGACUGCAGCAGCAGUAGGGCAAACGGUCGCCGGACCAUCAGCAGCAGUGGGGCACUGUCCUCGUCGUCGUCCUGCUCCAGCUUCGAGGAUGACACCCUCUACGUGCACAAUCGGCUUCCGGCACCGCAGGAAAUCUUCGUCAACCGGUCGCUCCACCUGGAGAACAUCAAGUUCUAUGGCUUCGACAUGGACUACACCAUUGCGGAGUACAAAUCACCGCAGUACGAGCAGCUCGGCUUCAACCUGGUCAAGGAACGGCUCGUGACCCUCGGUUACCCGGUGGAGAUCCUCCAGUUCGAGUACGACCCCUCGUUCCCGGUCCGUGGCCUGUGGUUCGACAGCCUGUACGGAAACCUGCUGAAGGUGGACGCCUACGGUAACAUCCUGGUUUGCGUCCACGGUUUCGAGUUCUUGAAGCAUUCCCAGGUGUACGAACUGUACCCGAACAAGUUCCUCCAGCUGGACGAAAGCCGAGUGUACGUACUUAAUACGCUGUUCAACCUGCCGGAGACGUACCUGCUGGCCUGUUUGGUCGAUUUCUUCACCAAUUCUCCGCAGUACGCGGAACAGGUGGACAAAACCGGCGUCAAGUACGGCGAACUGUUCAUGUCCUUCCGGUCGAUCUUCCAGGACGUGCGAGGAGCUGUGGACUGGGUGCACAUCUACGGUGACCUGAAGAAGAAGACUUUGGAGAAUCUCGACGAAUACGUCAAGAAGGAUGAACGACUGCCGAUGGUUCUGUCGCGAAUCCGCGAGUCUGGCGCCAAGCUGUUCCUAUUGACGAACAGUGACUACAAGUUCACCGAUCGGAUCAUGACCUUCCUGUUCGACUUCCCGCACGGAGCGAAACCGGAGGAGCCGCAUCGGGACUGGAAGACCUACUUCGACACGAUCGUGGUGGACGCCCGGAAGCCGCUCUUCUUCGGCGAAGGAACCAUCCUUCGGCAGGUGGACACAACUACGGGAGCACUGAGGGUGGGAACUCACAUGGGACCGCUACAGGUCAAUCAGGUCUACUCCGGUGGAUCGUGCGACGUGUUCACCAAGCUGAUCGGCGCCAAGGGUAAGGACGUCCUGUACGUGGGUGAUCACAUUUUCGGUGAUAUCCUGAAGAGUAAGAAGAUUCGUGGCUGGCGUACGUUCCUGAUCAUCCCGGAACUGGUACAGGAGUUGCACGUGUGGACCGACAAGUGCCAGCUGUUUGCCGAACUGCAGCGAUUGGACGUCAAGCUCGGCGAUCUGUACAAAAACCUGGACUCGAGCGCCAAGGAAAAGCCGGACAUCUCGUCGGUGCGGACAUCCAUCAGAGAUGUGACGCACAAGAUGGACUUGGCCUACGGUAUGAUGGGAUCGCUGUUCCGGUCCGGCUCCCGGCAGACGUUCUUCUCUAGUCAGGUCGUCAGGUACGCCGAUCUGUACGCCGCUACCAUCCUGAACCUGAUGUACUACCCGUUCUCGUACAUGUUCCGAGCGCCGGCCAUGCUGCUGCCGCACGAAUCGACGGUCGCCCACGAGCAGCGGUUCACACUGGACGCGCCGAUGAUCCAGCGGACCCGAUCGAAGAACCCCGGCACGCCGAACGAUCAGCCGGCGGCGGCUGUCGGCGUCGGCGGUGUCGAGGAAGACUCCAAGGAAGUCAGUGCCAUCACCGAAAAGGAGCUCAAUUUGCUCUCGGUGAGCGGAAACGUCUCGGUGCCGCAUACCCGGCCGGAAACGCCCCGCUCGGUGACCCACACGCACGAUGAGGACUACUCGGACGAGGACAGCGACGAUCAGAAGAAGAAUGGCGGAAGGCGAGGCUCCUCGGCCGGUUCCGACAGAGAGUCCGACAAGAAGUAGAUCGCUUCCGUCUUCUACCAAACAUCUGUCUUUUGCUGAACUGCAACUUUUAGGUUAGGUUGUCCCUUCAAAGCCACUAUAAACAACUGUUUCUUUGUUACUUUUAAGGAGAUAUAUAUAUAUUUAGUCACAUUGUUGGACACAAAACUCAGUAGACUGCUCAAAUUCGCAACGACCCCAAACCCGUGUUUCCUGUUCCAUAAGCAAUAUUCGAAUCCGAAACGUUCUGCACUAGCUGUUCUUUAAACACCGCAAUCGAUGCUUUUAGUUUGACGUGCGAAACCUCAAACUAGUUCCAAACUCUAACCAAAAAAAAAACGGUGUGACGUAGAGUGAAAUUAUUCGUUAAGUGUUUGUACAACUUAAGAAUCAGUAUCUCGUCUGUAAUCUAUGCUUCUCCAGAGCACUUUGUCUGAUGCUUCCAAUCAAUACCCGCUAAGGAAUUUAACUGUUUAUAUUUUAACCAAAAACAAAAAAUCGAAAACUGAAACACUCUUAAACUAAUCUAAGGAAAACGUACAAAAAUUGUGAAAGAGUCAUUGACGGAACAACCGAAGGGAAAUGAUUGCUUAGUUGGCGUGCGUCUUUGUUCUUCAUCGGGAUUUAGCGUGUAGCAAUUUCCAAGCAUUUUAUUGGCCGUGUAACGUGAGAUUUUACUAGGGUAAAUGUAAGAUAUGUUAUAGUUUUUUUUUUGUUUGUGUUAAACGCUGUAAACUUUCUACUAGAGAGGUAAACCAAACAUGCAUUAUGCGCGAGUGCGUUGUAGAGGAACGAAACGCCAAUUAUUAGAGACUUCAAAUGUCGUCAGAAGGGAACGAAAUCAUUCGCAAAACACUUAUGAAAAUGCAAAACACACACACACACAAGUUAAUACAUUGAACGAGGAAAAAAUGCCUUCAAUGAUCGAGUAGGAUCGAGUAGAAAAGAACAACCAUUUGUGCGCAGUGUCGGGUAGAAUUAGAAAA